CCGAUACUUUAUUAUAAUCACUUUUGACAAUAGGACGUUUUCCAUUCAAUUUAAGGUGAAAAAGUCGGGUUAUAUAAAAAGGACUCGAAAUACAAGACAAAAUGCUACGCUCCGCUGCUGCACUGGUAAACAAAACACAUAAUGUGCUGGUCCGCACCACUGGAUCCACUAGUGUUUUAUUUGGAGCUAAUGGAGCUUUUGGACCAGCAAUCAAUACAUUGGCUUUGCGGCAACAGCAGACCAUGCCGGUAGUAGACCCGAAUAAUCCACUUCCAAAGAAAAGCCCCUCUGCGUUUGGUAGAAAUCAACCGAAUAUGGUGGAAUGGUCAAUCGCACGAUUGGAUGAUCUAUUGAAUUGGGGACGCAAAGGUUCCAUAUGGCCUUUGACUUUCGGAUUAGCCUGUUGUGCUGUUGAAAUGAUGCACAUAGCUGCACCACGUUACGACAUGGAUCGUUAUGGUGUUGUGUUUCGAGCAUCCCCCCGUCAAGCAGAUGUGAUAAUUGUCGCUGGUACCCUUACUAACAAAAUGGCUCCAGCUCUUCGUAAGGUUUACGAUCAAAUGCCUGAGCCACGUUGGGUUAUUUCCAUGGGUAGCUGUGCUAACGGAGGUGGAUAUUACCACUAUUCAUAUUCUGUAGUUCGAGGAUGUGACCGUAUUAUACCGGUAGAUAUAUAUGUACCGGGAUGCCCACCAACGGCUGAAGCGCUCAUGUACGGUGUCCUCCAGUUACAGAAGAAAGUAAAGCGCAUGAAGACAUUGCAAAUGUGGUACAGAAAGUAAAAAUGGCGUAGUAUAUUUAGUGAAAAUUUCGCGAGUAAAAAAAUCGUACUCUAGUUGUUUGAAUCUCAAAUUUUAAAAAUAAAACUAUUGUAAAUACA